CAUGGAUAGAUUAACGUGGCAUAUACUUUUGAUCGCAAGCGAUGCAUCAAAAUAUAGUUCGCGACAAGAUACUGAAAUUUAUGCAGACGAACAGAGUUAACAGCACUGGUACUUCAGUAGCUUGUUAUUCCUAUAACGGUAAAAACGUGACAGGUACAGUAGAAGUGAAGCAGCCAGAAGGAAGGGAAACCUGCGCUGCCCGCCUGCUUUCUUGGGGCCAUGAUUGGUAGUGCUUGUUAGUAUCCGUCUAACUGUUGCAUUGAAAACGUCGCUAUUUUGUGCCCUUCUACAUUUUCUUUUUUAGUUUCUUUUUUUCAAGAGGACAGUGUUAUUACGCAAUUUGCAUCACGAUAUCUCUGAAAAAAUUAAGAACAUAGGUCCUUUGACGAGGGACUAAAAAAUGGAUUGGCAGUGGUUCCAUAUUGUUUUUUUAUUCAGCAUAAUUCUAAAUGUGACUGCAGAAUCAUAUUAUAGCAUAGUAGCUCCAAAAAUAGUACGACCUGAUUCAGAAUAUCAUGUAGCUAUAAGUACUACUGGUGUAUCAACACCAUCAACAAUAUACAUUGAGUUAACUGGAUUGUUUGAUAAUGGAGAGAUAUUUAAUGUAUCUCAAGUUACACGUGUACAACCAUAUACUACAAGAAUUUUACGAUUCGAGAUAGGUGAUAUUGUUCCUGGUAAAUACCAAUUAACUGCACGUGGUUUGUCUGGAAUAGAAUUUUCAAAUUCAAAGCCAGUGGGUUAUGUUCCUAAAAGUUAUUCAGUGUUUAUUCAAACUGACAGAGCAAUUUAUAAACCAGGAAAUAAAGUUAUGUUUCGAUGUAUUUUAUUGAAUUCCAGACUCAGACCUGCACUUGAAAGAUUAGUAGACAUUUAUGUUACAGAUGGAAAAGAAAAUAGAAUUAAGCAAUGGAUUCGCCCACCUGUAACCCAUGGAAUUUUUAAUGGGGAAAUUGAAUUGUCUGAGUUUCCAGUUUUAGGUAUUUGGAAAAUCACAGUAAAUGUUGGUGAUCAAACAUUUGAAAAAGAUUUUGAAGUUGCUGAAUAUGUAUUACCUAAUUUUGAAGUAACAAUUGAGGCACCUAAACAUUUUACAUUUAAAGAAUCACAAAUCACUGCAACCAUCUAUGCCAAGUAUACUUAUGGCAAACCAGUGAAAGGAGAAGCAACUGUUACAGUUUAUCCUGAUAUUUUUUCUGGUGUUAUACAACCAAUAUAUCAACAACCUGUACGAAAAGUAAUUCCUAUAGAUGGAAAAGUGAUUGUUGAUUUUAACAUUCAUGAUGAAUUGAGAUUAACUGAUGAAUAUGAAAGACCUGUUAUGAUUGAUGUUACCGUAGAAGAAUCUUUAACUGGCAGAAGACAGAAUACUUCUACACACAUAACAUUACAUAAGCAUAAAUACACAAUGGAUUUAAUAAAAACAUCAGAAUAUUAUAAACCAGGAUUAAAGUAUACAGCAUUUAUAAAAUUAACAUAUCAUGAUGGAACACCAGUAAGAGAUAAUAAAAAUCCUGUUACAAUAAAAUAUGGAUAUACUUACAUUACUGAUAAUCAGUUCACAUAUACAAAUAUUAGUGGUAUGUUGGAUGAAAAUGGAAUGAUAAAAUUGGAUUUUUACCCACCUAAAACUGAUGAUAACAUUUCAUAUCCUUUAAACAUCGAGGCUCAAUAUUUAAAUCUUCAUGAAUGGUUCCCAUCAACAAACCAAGCCAUGUCUCAGAAUAAUGAAUAUAUACAAGCAACUUUGAAAACUGUUAAACCUAUGGUUAAUCGAGAUGUAGAAAUAGAAGUAAAUUCUACAAUUCUAUUGAAAUACAUUAAUUACGAAAUAUUUGGACGCGGCGAUAUUUUGGAUGCAGGUUCUAUAUACGUACAAAAUAAACAUACGACAAGUUUUAAAUUCUUAGCAACAUAUGUUAUGGCUCCUACUGCACAUGUAAUCGUAUAUUAUGUAGGAAAUGAUGGAGAAAUCAUUGCAGAUGCUUUGGAUAUAGAACUAGAAGGAGUACUUCAAAAUUUCGUUGAUAUCAAAAUGGCACCCGAAGAAGUUGCACCAGGAGAAAAUGUCAAUUUAGUUAUUACCUCAAAACCAAAUUCAUAUGUUGGGUUAUUAGGCGUAGAUCAAAGAUCUAUACUUUUAAAAUCUGGCAAUGAUAUUUCAUAUGAGCAAGUAUACAAAGAGUUAAAAUCGUAUGAUAAUGUAAAUCAGUCGCCUUAUAUGGACUCAGUUUUCGAUCGAUUUUUAUGGAGUCCUGGUUCAGCUACAGCCAAUGAUGUUUUCAGAGAAUGUGGUGCUAUCAUCAUAACAAAUGGAUAUGUUCAUGAAAAUUUACCAAUUCAACAACCGGGAAUACUGGAGGGUAGAAUAACAGGCUCACCUCAUGGGGCAUCCACACUUCGACCAGACCUUGGUCCACCUGUAACGCACAAACUAGCAACAAGACCACCACUGGCAGGUCCUUAUGCCUUCUCUCGCAUCCCACCUCCUGUUUGGAAUAAGCCCCGUGUAUUCCUAAUGCAUGACAUCUUAAACACCUGGCUUUUUACAAACUUCUCUGCAGGGUAUGAAGGGAAAAAUGAGCUGAAAAGGAAUGUACCUGAUUCAAUUACAUCUUGGGUACUUACUGCAUUUUCUAUAGAUGAUGUUCAUGGACUAGGUCUUAUAGAAGAACCACGAAAGUUAAAAGUUUUUAGACCAUUUUUUAUCACUAUGGAUCUCCCUUACUCUGUGAUUCGAGGAGAAAUUGUUGCAGUUCAAAUAGUAGUAUUUAAUUAUAUGAAUAAGAAUGUUAUGGCUGAAGUUUUAUUAACAAAUGAGGGUCAAUUUGAUUUUGCAGAAAUAUCCAAUGAAGUUCAAGAUAUACCUAAAUUAGAAUUAUAUCGCAAGAAGAAAGUAGAAGUGAAAGCUAAUUCUGGAAGUAGUGUGUCCUUCAUGAUUAUCCCACGUGAAUUGGGAUACAUUACAAUUAAGGCUACUGCAAACAGUAUAUUAGCUGGGGAUAGUCUUGAACAUAAACUGCUUGUUAAGGCUGAAGGAGAAACACAAUAUAUAAAUAAAGCUACAUUCUUAGAUCUUAGAAGUACAACAAGUAUGUCAACCAAUAUCACAAUUGAUAUACCUAAAAAUGCUGUAUCAGAUUCUGAACACGUUGAAAUAUCUGCAGUAGGUGAUAUACUGGGUCCAAGUAUUUUGAAUUUAGCAAAUUUAAUUAAAAUGCCAUCUGGUUGUGGAGAACAAAAUAUGUUAAACUUUGUUCCAAACAUAAUGAUAUUAAAUUAUCUCAAAAAUACAAAUCAAUUAACGCAAGCAGUACAAGGCAAGGCUCUUCGGUACAUGGAAAUAGGCUAUCAAAGGGAAUUAACUUACAGACACAAUGAUGGAUCAUUUAGUGCAUUUGGCAUGUCAGAUAGUAAAGGAAGUACAUGGCUUACUGCUUUUGUAGCAAAAGCUUUCAAAGCAGCUGCUACAUAUAUUCCAGUUGAAGAUAGAAUAAUAGAUGAAGCUUUGCAAUGGUUAUCAAAUAAUCAAGCACCUAAUGGAAGUUUCCCUGAAGUAGGAACAGUUAGUCAUCGAGAUAUGCAAGGUGGAGCUGCUAAAGGUCUUGCAUUGACAGCAUUUACUCUCAUUGCUUUUCUUGAAAAUGCAGUCUCUAAUGGAAAAUAUAGAAAUACAAUAAACAAAGGAAUUGAUUAUAUUGUUCGAAACAUAAAUGAUUUAGACGAUGUCUAUGCUUUGAGUAUAUGCACAUAUGUCUUAAAUUUAGCCAAACAUCCCUAUGAGAAUGCAGCAUUUAAUUUACUAGAAUCUAAAGUUGCAACAAAAAAAGAUAUUAAAUGGUGGAGUAAACCCAUAGCAAUAAAUGAUAAAAAUCCAUGGUAUCAUUCCCUACCACGAUCUGUUGAUGUUGAAAUGACAUCUUAUGCUUUAUUAACUUAUCUAAGCCGUAAUUUAGUCGUUGAUUCUAUACCCAUAAUGAAAUGGCUUGUUAAACAAAGAAAUGCUGAAGGUGGUUUUGCAUCUACACAGGAUACAGUAAUUGGAAUACAAGCUUUAGCAAAGUUAGGUGAAAAGUUAGUAACAAAAAAUAAUGGCAUUUCUAUAACAUUUAUGUAUGAAGGAGGUGGACAAAGUCAAAUAAAUAUAAAUCCUGACAAUUCUAUGAUACUUCAAAAACAAGUGCUUCCAAGAAAAACACGAUUAGUUAAUAUAACAGCUACUGGAAAUGGAUUUGCUUUAAUUCAAGUUUCAUUUCAAUACAAUUUAAAUGUAACUGGAGCAUGGCCACUCUUCACUUUAGACCCUCAAGUAGAUAAAAAUUCCAAUGCCAAUCAUUUACAACUUUCAAUUUGUUCUGGAUUCGUUCCAACUAAAGAAGCAAAUGAAAGUAAUAUGGUUGUGAUGGAAGUCAAUUUACCUUCUGGUUUUACUGUAGAUAAGGAAUCAUUACCUAGUCUCGAAGUGUCACAAAAUGUGAAACGUGUAGAAACUAAAAAUGAAGAUACAGUUGUGAUAUUAUAUUUUGAUGAGAUGAAUCGACAAGAAUAUUGUCCUACAGUAUCUGCAUUUAGGACACAUAAAGUGGCAAAACAGAAACCAGUACCAGUCACUAUAUAUGAUUACUAUGAUUCAUCAAGGAGAGCAAGAGUAUUUUAUGAACCAAGAAAAGCUACACUUUGUGAUAUUUGUGAGGAUAAAGAUUGUGAAGAUUUAUGUGUUUCACAACCUGGUAAACAAAAAGAUUCUCCGCAAUCUACUGCUUCAUAUUUAUCAACCUGUAUAUAUUUACAAUUACUAUUUACUUUGUUUUAUGUUACUUUGAAUGUCUGUAACUUUAGCUUUUCUUAAUAAUUCUAUGUAACUUUUU